AUGGUUCAAUCUGGUGGAUAUACGAACCACGUCUCGUUCGAUGACCUCAUUCCAUCUUUUCUGGCAGUGGGAGGACGAGCACCCUGGGCAAAACAGCCAAUUGGCCAAGCCAUCCUUUUUAGCGACCCAUUUCUACAAGUCCCGGGCUCCAAAAAUCGAGGGGAGCACAAAGGCUCUCCGAGCUUGGAUCACUACUUUGGAUCCAAAUUGUCCCGAGGCUCAAGCCCGAACCCCUUAGACUGUUCAAUAGAUGGUGAGCUCUUGUCCCCGGGAUUGGAGUACGGGCAAGAAGCGGUAAAUCGCAGUUGGUGCGGAAGUCCAUCGAAAUUUUCACCAUCCGCAGGUGCUUCCAUCCUGGCCAAGCACGACCAUCUAACCUACGACACCAUUAAGGAUUUCGAUCUGAUGGAUUUGGACCCACAGAAAGAACACCAAAUGCAUUCUAUGACCAACAAAAACACUCAGGAAAAUUCAGGCAGUUCACAUGGCUACACUACAUCUGCGUUCUCUAAUCUGAACGAGGUUGAGGAUAAAGUUAUACGCAAGGAUUAUAGCAAGCAACAGCCAUCGGCUAACGGUGCUCGCAGAAAGAGUUUUGCAGGUAUGAGUGACGCGGAGCUCGCAGCGCUUGAACAAAAGUAUGAAGCAGCGUCCAAAACCAAUUACGACGUUGGCCAGUUCGAUUUUGGGGAGCAAGCAGCACGCUACAUUGAACCCGAAAAUAACAAAAUAGUGGGCUCAGGGUCUCAAAUGCCUCAAUCAAUGUACCCUUCGAGGCCCUGUGUCCUUCACAAGGCCUUAAAUAGAGUCAAAGUACACAGUGCUUUUGCGAAGUAUGUUGUACAACAUCGCAAGACAGAGGAUAAAGAAAGCCUCAGAACCAUUGUCUGUGUCAUCUCUGGUAGAAGACAUACGUGGUCCGCGGUGGAUUGGUACGUUGAGAAUUUGUCGCUAGAUGGCGACCAUUUAGUGAUCGUCACCAGAAUCCCAAACUUCGAAGAAGAGAGUAACCGCAACUCAACCUCACAAACUACCUUUGUGGAUGGCUACGAUUUUAAGAACGACAAGUCGAAGAACGCAUCCUUGAGUCGUAGAUCAAGUAACUCCGACCGAGGUCAGUCUGCGGCUGUAGUCGACAUCAUGGCCCGCGCAAAGUGUGACGCCAUUCUCGACUACUACCUAGGAAAACUAAAUGGGAAAAUAAUGAAAAUAAGCGUGGAGCUUAUAAAAGAUGACUCCACCCCCAGUGCGCUUUCCUCGGCCAUUGCUCUCUAUAAGCCUGAUUUGAAAAUCGUCAGUACUGUUAGUACCAAUCUACACAUCAAGUUUAGGAACGGCCACGUCAAACUUCCAAACUUUGUGAUGAGACAUUUUUGGGUGCCUACCUAUGUUAUUCCGUAUGAGUUCAUUGAUCCAGCGCUUCUAGGGGAGAAGAUGGAAAAAUCAAGAAAAGCCGCCAACUUUCACCAGAACAUGACGGAUUCAGAGGUCACUCAAAGUAUCGACAAAAUCAUUUUUAGGACCCUCAAAAACCCAUAUGGUCCUCAAGAAGCACCCAAAGAUGACUCUCCGAAAACCGAGACCGACGCUGAUGCUGCAAGCGUAGCUUCCUAUUUCCCAAUGGACCCCGAGACUAAACGCAAGCUCGAAGAAUUCGAAAGAGUGGGCUACCUGAGGCCUAUACCGACCCGCAGAGAAACUGACUUGGCAAAGCAGCCUUCGCACGCCAGCUCGUCCAAGUCGAGUCGACGCAGUUCUCGUGUCCAGUUUUCUGGCGGAGACGGUACGGGAAUGUACAAGAUUAAGUCUCUGCUAGACGGUGAUGACAAAGAUGGCGGCGCGGCGAAAAAAACGCGCUCUGUUGCUUCUACUUUAAGUAAUGGAAAAGGACCCUCUUCAAAACAACCUUCUGGUGCUAGACGUACAAAGAGUGUUGAUCCCACUCCGGCUACAGAGAAUAAGAAAAAAAGUGGCAAGCUGGGAGGUUUUCUGAAGAAAUUAGGUGUGGGAAAGUAA